UGAUUCAAAAGGAUUGUCUGUUCAGUGCUGUUAAACAAAACAUCAGGAUGACUUUAUUAUGUGAUUAUUCUCCAAUUAAUUUAACAUUCUGCAUUGUGGGGGAUAAAUAAUGUUUUAUGUUUUCCUCUAGCAUGGCAGGAGAUGGUAUGUCAGUAUAAGGAGUCAAUCAAACGGAAAUAUGAACAUAGGAAUGAGAGCAGUUUCUCCUCUGGUGAAAGAGUCUCACUGGCUGCCCUCUACACUGAACCUGUGAUUAUUCAGAAAAAUAAAAAAGGCGGUUUUCAGAAUAUCAGUGUGGAGGAGUUGUUUAAUAAGUCAGACAUACAUAUGUAUUAUCCAGCAUCUGUCAUUCUUCAAGGAAAUUCUGGUAGUGGAAAAUCAUUCAUAUCUCAAAAGAUUAUAUUGGACUGGGCAUCUGGAAAUCCUUACCUUAGACACUUUAAUCUGGCUUUCUACCUGAGCUGUGAAGAGCUGAAGUGUAUUUCUGAGGAGAUGAACUUGAUUGAGCUCCUGAGCUGGAAUUGUGGUUUAUCGCCAGAUCAGAUCUCAAACAUGUUACAGAACUCAACACAGAGAGUGCUUUUCAUCAUUGAUGGAUUUGAUAAGCUUAGAUUCAUGCAUUGUGAACUCUGCAUAUCAUCCAAAUUCCAGAGAGCCCCACCUGAGCUCAUAGUUUGUUCCAUUCUUAGUAAACAAAUCCUGCCCAGAUCUGUCCGGCUGAUCACUACUAGAACUGAGGUCCCACAGGGAAUGUUUCUCAAAGGACCUCAGCGUUUCACAGAGAUUAUGGGUUUCUCUGAGAAGGGGGUGGAGGAGUACUUCCAGAAGUUCUUCCAGAAUGAGGAGCUCUUUAGGAAAGCCUAUGAAUGUGUGAGAGUAAAUGAAACUCUCAUCACUGCCUGCUCCAUCCCUGUCAUCUGCUGGAUCAUCUGCACAGUUAUGCGAGAGAGGUUUAGUAAUGGUGCAGAUGUGACGAGUGUCCUGGAAACCACCACCUCCAUCUACAUUGACUUUGUGUCCACUCUACUGGAGCAUCACUGCCAGGGUUUGAGUCAGUCUGUCCCGAGCCUGCUGAGGAGUCUGGGUCAGCUGGCAGAGAGAGGGAUGCUGGAACAACAAGUCUUGUUUGAUGAAAAAACUGUUUAUGACACAAUUUCAGACCCUGCUGACAACCCAUUCCUGUUCAAGUUCCUCUUAAAGAGAAAAAUCCACCAGGAGACAAUGUUCAGUUUCAUGCAUCUCAGCUUUCAGGAGUUCUUCACUGCUCUCUACUAUGUCCUUCUGGAUGAAGAAGAGUCUCAGAGGAAAGUGAGAGAGCUGCUUCAGACUGUAGAGAGAGGAUGGGCUUUGUCCUGUUGGUCUGAUAGAGAAGUAAGACAUGCAAAUCUGCUGCAACCUGUGAUUCUGUUCCUCUGUGGUUUCUGUAAGAAAGAAUCAAUCUCCUCAUUUUUUGAAAAGCAUAACAUAACCCUUCCAAUUAACAUAGAAACCCAGCUUAAGGAAUGGAUCAUUCAGUGUUCACAGAGAUAUCAAAAUGAACACAUGCUGUUCAUUCUCCAUUGUCUCUAUGAGCUCCACGAGAAGAACUUCAUUGGGAAAGUUUUGGAACAUUUGGUUUUGAUAGAUCUGUCUAAUAAGCCACUGAAAAGAACAGACUGUUGGGUGUUGAAAUAUGGUUUAAAGUGCUGUGAACACAUCAGAAACCUGAAAAUCCACGAAACGUCUCAUAAUCUGAAGAACCUCCAGCAUGAAGAAAGAGAAAACAGUAAGUGUAUACACAUGAUCGUAUUCAUAACUGCACGCACCUGGGAAAAAUAA